GGUGGCUUAAAACAACAUACGAGAUUUGUGUUUUGUCGUCCUAGAGGAUUACUUUGUUGUUCCUUAACAUUUAUUUGACAUAAAAUAGUCUGACACGUUUUCAGUCUCUUCUGAAGGUCCUGCUUCUGAGAUCUAGUUGGUUUUCUCCGCAGGAGUUCCUUGAUGAGGUUUCAGCCAUCCACGCGUACUAGCACUUGAUCUCGGCGGGGAAAGCUGACGAAAGAAGGAUGGCCAUCCACGCCGAAGGUCUUGUGGCUAUCGUGAUUUUCUAUGUCAUGAUUCUGUUUGUGGGCAUCUGGGCAGCGUGGAAAAAUAAGAACUCCGGAGUGGUCGAAGGCGUUGACCGAAGCGAGAUCAUCAUGGUCGGAGGAAGGGACAUCGGAUUGUUUGUUGGAGGAUUCACAAUGACCGCCACUUGGGUGGGUGGGGGCUACAUCAAUGGGACAGCAGAAUAUGUCUACCUUCCAGACUAUGGCCUGGCUUGGGCACAGGCUCCGUUUGGUUAUGCUCUCAGCCUAGUCGUAGGUGGCCUUUUUUUUGCAAAGCCUAUGCGUUCCCGUGGCUAUGUCACCAUGCUGGAUCCCUUCCAGCAGCUGUAUGGAGAAAGAAUGGGGGGGCUACUCUUCAUCCCCGCACUCAUGGGGGAAAUCUUCUGGUCUGCAGCCAUUUUAUCAGCCCUUGGUGCCACUCUGAGUGUGAUCGUGGACAUAGACAUCAACAUGUCAGUGGUGAUCUCAGCCCUGAUAGCUAUCUUUUACACACUCGUGGGAGGACUUUACUCUGUCGCAUACACAGAUGUGGUCCAGCUUUUCUGCAUCUUUCUGGGCUUGUGGGUCAGCGUGCCCUUUGCCCUGUCCAAUCCUGCCGUCACAGACAUCAGUUUUACAGCCAAGGAAGAAGUCUACCAGUCACCCUGGCUGGGGAAGAUUGAGCCUGAAGACAAAUGGCUCUGGGCAGACAACUUCUUUUUGCUGAUUUUGGGGGGGAUUCCCUGGCAGGUCUAUUUUCAACGGGUUCUCUCUGCCUCUUCAGCAACCUACGCCCAGGUCCUUUCCUUCCUCGCCGCCUUCGGCUGCUUGGUCAUGGCUGUCCCCUCUGUCCUCAUAGGAGCUAUAGGGGCCUCCACUGACUGGAACCAGACUUCUUAUGGCUCACUCGCUCCGAAGGACAAGGAUCAAUCAGACAUGAUCCUUCCAAUCGUGCUUCAGCAUCUCUGCCCACCCUACAUCUCCUUCUUUGGUCUUGGGGCGGUGUCUGCUGCUGUCAUGUCAUCAGCUGACUCAUCCAUUCUUUCAGCUAGCUCCAUGUUUGCUCGGAACAUCUAUCAGCUCGCAUUUCGGCAGUCGGCCUCAGACAGGGAGAUUGUUUGGGUGAUGCGCAUCACAAUCUUUGUAUUCGGAGCUCUUGCCACCGCUAUGGCCUUGUUGACAGGAUCCGUGUAUGGCCUCUGGUACCUGAGCUCCGACUUGGUCUACGUCAUCAUCUUUCCCCAACUUCUCAGUGUUUUAUUCGUCAAGGGCACCAACACCUAUGGCUCUGUGGCUGGCUAUAUCUUUGGUCUACUGCUACGCAUUGGUGGAGGGGAGCCUUACCUCAAGCUUCCUCCCUUCAUCUUCUUCCCUGGUUGGGUGAUGCAGAAGAGGAUCCAUCACCUCACCGGGGAUGUAGAGCAUUUUGUCCAGCAGAGGUUCCCUUUCAAGUCUGUUUCCAUGUUGGCCUCCUUCCUGGCCAAUGUGGCCUUUUCUUACCUGACAAAGUACCUAUUUGAAAGCGGCAUGUUAUCACACAAGUAUGACUUCCUGGAUGCUGUGGUGUCCAAGCAUAGCAAGGAGAUCAUGGACAAAACUACUUUGGUGGGCAACCAUGAUAACAUAAUUCUUUCAGAGAUGGCACCUGUCAACCAGGCCUUGGGUGCGUCGCUCGCUGGGACAUUCAACAACGCUGAGAUCCUCAGUGAUGAUGGGGCUUUAAGUCCAGACUAGCCAACACGGGCACAAAGGAAAGUAGAACCAAGGAAAUUGGAGAAGAAGGAAUAAUCAGAGAGGCGUCCACAUUCUUCAGGAAACUUGUUACUGCCACACUGGAAGCCACAUCCACUGAAAUCGGUUGUGGGUUCCACGUGAUUCUACAAGUUUGUUUACUGCUGAUGGCAUGGUGCCUCCUUCCUUUUUAACAUCCUUUGCCUAGAACCAAGAGGUUGACUGUCAUCAGCUGUAUCAUACCACACUCAUUCAUUUUUUGUUUUGACUUUGAAUCUGUAACAGCUACAACCAUUUUCAUUUAGGUGCUGCUUCGUUGUUCAAAGGGACCUUCAGGCAAAAACAAUGAAAGCUUGAAAACUAAUUUUCUUUGACAAUUUGUGCAGAUUUGCUGUGGGUCAUGAGAAUAGUGCAAUAUCUAACCAAGUAUUCAUGUCCGCAUAGCAGUGUGUCUGUGAUGACGUACAUGCACUUAUGAUGACUGAUAUCAGGGGGAAUGCUCCAGAACAUUUUUAGACCUUAACUUUUUAGUUUGCAUAGGGUACUCUUACUAAUAAAGCAAUAAUAUUUUUAAGGCCUGUGUCGUAAAAAUAAAUACAUUGUUCUGAAUUGCAAGUUAAUGCCAUGUUUUUAGUUCAGAUUAUUUUCUGUUUUGCUUGUUUCAUGUGGUCUGCUCACCUUGCUCCUAAUCAUAUUCUCUCAUUACAGACACAGCAAGUGCAUAUAUCUAAACUCUCGACCUAAAGGUUGACAUUGGAUGAUUCUGCAAGAGACCAGAUUAUGGUAAAACAAGACAAGAUACGAUACGAUUUAUUGAUCUCCCAUUGUUGAAAUUCACUUGUUUCAUCAGGUCAAAAGGAGAAAAAUUAAAUAAAGUAAGCAAGUUGGAAAAAUAGAAAAAUACUGGGGUUUUAAAAAUUACAAUAUAAAUAAUGAUAGCAGUAAUAAUAAUAUAGAAAUACAGUGUAAACACAGUGUUCACUGAGAGAUUUUUACACACAUGGUAAGACUGCAAUUGACCAAAAUUAGAUGUCAGUGGGAGUAGAAACAAUAAUGUGAUGAAAAUAUGCAUUAAUAGCAAAUGGGUAUAUGAAUGGUUUGUAACCAGAGAAAUACAGUGCAGACACGUCAUCGUAGUAAAUUAUGGACAAUGGCUGGACAAAGGCUACGAGAAGUGUUGUUCAGUUGUAAAAUUCACUAUCAACAUUUUAAAAUAUAUAUAUAUAUUUCUGUAAUAUUCUAGAGUGGCCAACAUUCAAUUCAAUUCAAACUAUUUUUAAAUCCCUCUUGGGGCAAUUGGUGUGGAGGCGCUUGUACAUAUGAGAAAGAAACAUAAAUAAAGACAAGAUGAGGUAAAAACAACAGAUUUCACAAGGAGUGAAAAUAUAAAUAAAUAAAAAUAAAGCCUAUGGAGCAUUCAGUAAUCUGAGCGCAGAGGGGAUGAACGAUUUCGAGUAGCGGUUAGUUUUACAGGCAGGUAAAACAUCAAGGAGAAACAAGCUGCAACAACCCAAAGGAAUAACAUUACGAGAAACUAAAAUUCAUAAACAAUGGAAAGACAGAAACGUAUGGCACUGUUUAGCAAAAAGCCAAAACAACUAUAUUAAUAGCUAAUGCGCUGUAAAUACAAAAGGAUGCAAUGACCAAGCCCUACCAAGAAAAUAAAAUGCAACAGCAAAAUGCAGCAAACAAAGUCAUGACAACCUAAACUAUUACAAUUUACAAUUUACAGACUUGUUCCUAACCUGGAUUUGCACCGGCAAUCCUCGGAUUCCUAAUCCAAGUCCAAGUAGACUGAGCUAUUGAUGCCCCCAAUUUUGCGGCCAUUCUUCCAAAGGGAAACCAUUUGAACAGUUGCAACUCGUGUGCCAGUGUACUGUUAUAUGUUCUUGUUGCUGUUGCCAGAUAGCUGAUGUAAAAUCAAAACCAACCUUACAAAGAUAAACCCAAUAUUCACACUCCUUUUUGUUCCAUUACCAGGCACAUUGGGGAUAAAUGAGGCUUUUUGCCAGUACUAGUGUUACCAAGCUAGACUGAUAGCUGUCUCUUUCACCUACAGAGAAAAAAAGGAAUUCAAGCAAUCAAUGAACCGAAAUAUUAAGGUAGUCUGAAACAAUGGGAUGAAGAAUGCACUAUACAAAGUGUAUUACUAUUAUUAUCUUCUUUUAAGUAGUUCACUGUUUGAUCAACAUUUUUAAAUAAAAACGUAGAUUAGUGCGGCUGGCUAUGAUGAUAUAUAAUUCACAAUCAUCAGUAAUUGGUCAUGUAAAGUAAUACACAGAUGUAGCUGUCGAAUUUUGGAAACACAUUAAACAUCCUCCCCAGCCUUGAACUUCAACAUUUUGGCACUGAAUAUUUUAACUAGACAUUAAUAUGGACUGAAUAAUCAUCCGAAAGAGUAUGAAUUUAUUUCUACUAGAACCCCAGUUUUCCUUACAACCCCUUAUUUAUGCAGAUCUAGUAUGACCUGGAUUUUUUUUUUUUUUCUGUUUACAUUCCAAGUAGCACUUAGCUUCAUUUUGAUGUCAUGUAUUGUAUUUUUAUAACGUGCAUUUCCACACCACAAUACAUUGACAACAAUGAAGCACAUCUGAUUUCAAUUUAACAGUUGGAAGUAUAUGGAAAUUCUAAGAUCUAGACGCAAGCGUUGAUGAGUGUAACAGCAAACUUUGUUCAUAUAUUUAAAAGAUCUACUUGGUCCUUUAAAAUGAUCUCUCCAAAGUUAUCUCCCUUUUAUCAUUUGUGUGGAUGUGUUCUUGUCUGUGUAAUUGUGUGAGUGUAUGACAGUUCAUUUGCUCAUCCUAAACCUGUAUCGACUGGGCAGCCACAGCAGGUUAGCGGAGACAGGAAAUGAUUGCUCCUCCCAGGAUGGUGUCAGUAGCACUGGUCAUUAUCGAUCACAUCCCCAGUUGAUUAGCCCUCAGGACAUUUGAUUAAUGCUGCAGUGAGGUUGGAAAGGGUUUGUUUUACACUGUGUGUUGUGACUCUCAGUGAGGAAAGUAACAAUGUUACUGAGCACCCUCAUACGCAAACAUCCAAAUGUCUCCCACGUUUCCAGAUCUGGUUGUUUCAAACAACCAUUUACCCUGCUGCUCAGUAUAAGGGGAAUUUAGUACAGAGGCUAUCACUUUGUACAGUGGUGUAUGACAUUGUUAAGUGUUGUUAUUGUCCAAUUGACUUCUAUGUGUUGAACUCCCCUCUGAUUGUUGUUUUUAGCUUUAGACUUGCCUUAAAGGUCAGCUGUGACGAAUAAAUGAGUUUGACACACUUGUUUAUACUUGUUUUUAGUUAAAGGAUAAGGCUUGUGGUAUUCUAUAUCCUUUUGAUUGUCAAAAAUGAACACCAAAUCCAAUGAAGUUUCAGUAUGUCUCCUGGUAUUGUCUGUCUUCUUACCCUAUGUCUGGCUUUAAGCUCCACAGCACAUUCAUUCUUUCUGAAGGAUUUAACUUCUAAAAACUGGGGCUACAAAACUAUAGUGAAGCAUUAGAUUAGCAUAUUUAGGCAGCAGGUUGGUGUAUAUUGAACUCAUGUUGACCAACGGUGUCCAUGGUUACCUGAAAAGGAAAUAUGUCAUUCAUAAAUAGUAACAAGCAACAUCAGGCUUCAGUUACACAGACAAUACGUGUUAGUUGGAUCAAUAAAUUAAUAUUUUUCAAUCGAUUUGGUACGAAAAAAAUGUUAUAUCACCCAAGCCUUACCCUUUACAAGCAAGAUGGCCUUAGUUAUUCUUUAGGGUGAAGGGGACCUGAUCCCUGUAUGUAGCCAAAUAUGCUGAGGAUGCAGUAAAAUAUAUUAAUCCAGCCUGACCCUUUCCUAACCCUGAAACAUAAUUAGGAGUUAUGGGAUUUAUGAUCUGUCAUUAAUGUGACGUCAGCUUCAAACUACAUCUGGCGACUGCUGGUCUGAUGCUAUGCAAAGUGUCAGGCAACCUCAUUGAACUUUAAUGUGAAUGUAAACGUUCCUUCUCAUCUGGAAAGCCUCACCCUGAGUGUGUCGUGGUUUAGGUUCAUUCACAAACCUGAACGCACACAGAAAAGAAUCAAUGUCAGGUCACGUUCUGACACGUUUGUGGCUAUAUGUCGUAAAUUGCAAUGAUUCUGUAUUUUUGUGUGAUAAAUGUAUAUAUAUAUGUAUAUAUAUAUAAAAAAAGCUUCAGAAACAAAAGAAGUCUACUUUUAAAUGCAGAAUUGAAAAUGUCGUCUGUUGACAGUGGAACUAGAGCUAUCUAUUUAUUCAUGCAGUGUCUAUAAGAGUAUAGUUGUAAACAUGUCAGUUGAA